AUUUUUUCACUGUCUAAAAAAAAAAGAGCCACACGUCUCAUUUUCCCAAGUGUUCAAAAGCAAGAAGUGAAUUUUUUCUUUUUCAACUUUCAGAAAAAAUUCACACAAAAUAUUAAUAAAUUAACAAAGCAAAAUUGAUUAAAUACAAUUAAAUAUCAAUCAUGGAUGACGAUUGGGAAACUGUUGCCGAUAAAGAAAUUGUUGUACGGCCGAAAGUUGCAAGUUUAAACAAAUGGGAAGGUGAAGACGAAGAAGAAGAUGUAAAGGACAGUUGGGAGGAUGAAGAGAAAAAAGAUGAAGAAAAAGAACAACCAAAACUAACUCCAACCAAAAAAGUUCUAAACAAGGCACAAUUAGCUAAACUUUCUGAAAAAGAGCGUUUGAAACGUGAAGAAGAAGAACGAUUGGAAGAAGAACGAUUAGAAAAAUUAUCACCCGAAGAAAAAUUGGCCGAAAAAUUACGAUUACAACAAAUUGAAAAAGAUAACGACCUCAAAAGUGCUUUAGAAACAUUUGGCAUUGCAACUAGUUUAGAUUCAUUUAAUCCGGAAAGCAAAGCAGAAUUCAAAGAUUUCGGCGAUGCAAUUAGUACGCGUGUUUCUCUUUAUAGGUCAUCAGAUGAAUUUCCCAAUUUCGUAGAAGAUUUAGUUCGUAACAUAUGUGCAAAUUUAACUGCAGCUGAAUUGAAAAAAAUUAAAAUCACAGUAGAAAGUCUACAUACGGAAAAACAAAAAAUGGAAAAACAAAAUACGAAAAAGCCUGUUGGCAAAGGCAAAGGAAAGAUUACUCUUAAGAUGGAUCAAAAUAUUACGGAAGUAGUUGACUACAAAUACGAUUAUGAUGAUUACGAUGAUUUUAUGUAAUAUUUUCCAACACACCAUCACUGUCGUCGCAUCGUCUAGGUCAACAAAUAUAAAUACAUAUAUAAAUUUAUAUAUAAAAAUAUUAUUUCGUUUUUUUUACCGUCAUUAUUACCUAGUUUGUGAAUUUAUUUUUAAAUAAUUUUUAUUGAUAAUUAUUAUUUUACUUUUUUUCUUCUUUCUUCUCUAUGAUAUGAUGUUUCUUUUUUUAUCUCAAAACACAAACAUUGUUGUUGUUUUUUUUUUAAAUAAUAUUUUGAAUAUAAAAUGUGUUUUUUUUUUAUAUUCCUCCAACCGUUUUUCAAGUUGUUAAAUAAUUUUAUGGAAGGAAACAAAAAAAAAAAAAACAAAAAGAAAAAAAAAACUACAAAAGCGCAAAAAGGAAAUAAAUAAAAAAAAAUUGUUAUUAAAUUAUUAUUAAUCAAGGGAAAACAAAAAAAAAAACCGUAUUUGCAGUCAUACAUCUAUGUAUUUUUAUAGUUCCAAAACAGGUACGGAUUGAACAUAUGAAAAACAAUAUUAAGAAAAACCUACAACAAAACAAAAACAAAAAAAAAAAAAAGAAUAAAA